UUAAUACCGUAUAACAUGAGUUGUAAUUGUAACAUGUUUGUAUUUGGUUUGGGUCAAACCCUGUGCCACCUUAUUAAUCUUAGAUUUGCGAUUGGAAGUAUAAGGACUGUAGCAUCUUUUUGCGCUGAAGAGAAAGUGAUGCGGGUUUAUAGAGAUAAAUGUGCAGGUCCCGAAAGAAUGGGGAUAAAACAAGGUUUGAUCGCGGGGGCUGGGUUUGGAGUAUCGUGUUUCUUACUUUUUUGUGUGUAUGCAACUAGCUUUUACACCAGAGCUUGGCUUGUUGAGGCGGGAACAACUACAUUCCCUAAAGUUUUCCGGGAGGCUGCUGGGAAUCAUGAUUGUCCUUUUAAAGUUAAGUUGGUUGUUCCUCCGUCUUAUGUUCUUAUCACUCAAACUCUUGAUAAGUUCUUGAAGCAUAUUAUAGAACGGGUUUUGGCACGGAACAGGUUGGUUCGGAUCGGGUUCGGGCCGGCACGGGUUUCCGCACGGGACGGGUUUCGGAUCGCAACGGUUUUUAAGCCGACACGAGUUUUCGCAUGGGACGAGUUUCGGGUCGGGCCGGGUUUCGGUUUGGUUUCGAAUCGAUUUCAAAAUUUUUAG